GUAGGCUCUCUCGCUGGGCUUCCGGUCAGCGAGGCCUCCUCCUCCUCCUCUUCCUCCUCCUCCUCCGCUGUCCUGCCGGCUGUGCCCCCUGCCCCUCCGGUCUUCCCGGCGCGGCGCCGGUCCUCCCGUGCGUCUCUUCGGAAGCCCGCGCUCGCUCCUCGUCGCACGCGUCGCCGAGGUCUGCGGGCCGCUGGGGGCCGGGCCUGCUGCGCGCGCGCGUCGAGGCCGCCGGGAUGCCGCGGCCGGGGUCGGCGCCGCUCUGGGCGGCCGCCGCGGGCCGUUGGGGAUGCGGGCUGCUGCCGCUGAUGCUGCUGCUGCUGUCGGGCCCGAGCGGCGCCUCCGAGAUCACCUUCGAGCUGCCCGACAACGCCAAGCAAUGCUUCUACGAGGACAUCACUCAGGGCACCAAGUGCACCCUGGAGUUCCAGGUGAUCACUGGUGGUCACUACGAUGUAGAUUGUCGAUUGGAAGAUCCUGAUGGUAAAGUGUUGUACAAGGAGAUGAAGAAACAGUAUGACAGCUUCACCUUCACAGCCUCCAGAAAUGGGACAUACAAAUUUUGCUUCAGCAAUGAGUUUUCUACUUUCACACACAAAACAGUGUAUUUUGAUUUUCAAGUUGGAGAAGACCCGCCUUUGUUUCCCAGUGAGAACCGAGUCAGUGCCCUUACCCAGAUGGAAUCUGCUUGUGUUUCCAUUCAUGAGGCACUCAAGUCCGUCAUCGACUAUCAGACUCACUUCCGACUGCGGGAAGCUCAAGGCCGAAGCCGAGCAGAGGAUCUCAAUACAAGAGUGGCCUAUUGGUCAGUGGGAGAAGCCCUCAUUCUUCUGGUGGUUAGCAUAGGGCAGGUGUUUCUUCUGAAAAGUUUUUUCUCAGAUAAAAGAACCACCACAACUCGUGUUGGAUCUUAACUACGCUUCCAAUGCACCAUCGCCACUGUAAUAUUACUGUCCUCUAAUUUUAGGUACUGAAGAACUUAACAUUGGCAACAUUCUAAAACCCUACUCACUCUUGUUGGGAGACAUGUACAAUGCAUAUCCCCAUGGAGAGGACACCUUUUUUAUUUGUAAAGGUGGAAAAACUUUGGACCUUAAUGCAGCUAUUCAUGUGAAAUAUCUAACACCAAUGAUCUUCUUUUUCUUGGUUUAUAUCUACUCUUCAUACACUAAACUUUGCUAUUCUGAUUCCUUUUAACCAUUUAAAAGUACUUUUCUUAAUAGGUAGUUGAUACUUUAAAAAAUUUUUAGAUUUAAUGUCUGUAUUACAGAGAAAGAAAACUGCCUUUUAAUUGUUUAUAGUGAAUAAAGUUGUGUUUUUAAGAAAACCAAAUGUGAUUAACUGUAGCCAAGCCCUAUUCUGCACUGCUUAAUUUUAUGGGGGAAAAUAAUCUACCAUAGAACUAUUAGUUAAUAUUGAUAUAAUUUUCAUUGCUAUAUCAUGAUAUAAUUUAAUUCUUGCUAGUUUGGAAAAUGUACAGGUUUUUUGGUUUCUUUGUUUUUUUCCUCAUCCUAUGAUUUAUAACUAGCUAUGUCAUUUGUUUAAAAGUGUUACCACCACUCAGAAAAAUAGCAUAAUGGACCUUAAAAAUCACACUGUUGUAACUGUUAGGAUAAAGAAUAGGAUACUACAGUGUGGGUGAAUGAAAUAGAAGCAUGUUUAGUGAGUUGUCUGUGUAUUGCAUUACUGGGGAUUUUACAAAGAAAAGAGGGUGUCUGAGUCGUUUCAACAUUCUGGUGACUAGCUCUAGUCAGGUCCUUUGCAGCUUCAGUCGACACUUGUGAUCCAGUGUCCCACAAGUGCCAUACAUGUUGUCUUCAUGAUGGGACGCACUGAGAAGUUAGCUUCCAUCUCUUCAUUUUUGUCGUUUCUACAGUCUCUGAUUAGCAACCCUAAAGUUACAGUCAAGAAUGCUGUGAAUACUUCCUAUUUAAAUUCUUUAGAAUUGGUUUGUACUGUUUGUGUCUUACACCUUGUGUGGAUUAAGCUGAUUGAAAUAAGAUUUUGAUCCAAGUAUUCCGAAUAGAAUACAUAAUGAUGGAAAAUUAUAUAGAUAAGCAGGCUUCUCUGCUGCUUAAAAAAGAAACCAUGUCAUUUGCUUUUCAGCCAGGCCUCUUCACCACAAGUGAUGAGAACUAAAAUGACUCUCGUGUGUGGAGACUUUAACAUGUAAACAUUAUAGGAUAGUGACUGAGUAGCAAUUCUAGUCACUUAACCAUUACUGGCUAGAGGUAGACUCUUAAUUCUAAGCCAUCUUAAAAUGUGCACACACACACACACACAUCUGCAUGCAAGAGCCAAAUGAAUUUACGUUAUCUUGCGUACUAAUUUCAGAUGUCCCAGUGUAGAAGGAGUAAACAUGUUUUCAACUUUUAGGACUCUUGAAAACCAGUUCACUACUCCUUAAAUAACAGUUACAAAAGGUUAAGAAGAUUUAAGAUUUUGCAGAUUUAUCCAUCUAAGUUCUUGUAUUGAAGUUGUCCUGCGACUUUUUAAAAAUGUCCCAUCUACUUAGCAGUGAGUGUCUUAAGCACCAAUGUUAAUGUGAUUACUAAGCAUGGGCACAUGUAAAACACCGUAUCUGGUUGCCAGUGGGAGAUUUGGAUACUUACACUGUAAUUAAAUGGAGUCAGGUAUACAUUUUGUUAGAUUUGGCAUAAAUAAUGCCCUUAUUUAAUCUGUGCCUCUCAAAGGUCAUGAUAGUAAGCUAUUACUGUAAGUCUUUUUUAAUGAAACCAUGUCAAACUUGAAAUCAGCAGUUACCCAUUGUCAGAAAUAGUAUGAAUUUAGUUUCAUCUCUCAAUAGCUGGUUAAAUUUUCUGACAGCUAUCUGUUCAACUGGUAUGAAUACAUAAGAAAAUACUCAAACAAAUGCUGUGUGAUUUUUUUUUUUCCUCCUAUGACAUAAUUUACAGCUUGUCUUUUUCUGUAAUCUUUAUAUAAGUUGUUGCAGGAGUUUGGAUUUUCCAAAUAUUUUUGUUUGGUCAUAUGACUAUAUAUUUGAAUAUCAUAAUUAUAUUUAAAGUAGAGUAAAUAAUGGAAAGCAACUUGAUGUUAGUUAAUACUGAAAUUUCAACUGAGUAUAUUUUAAGAUAUUGCUUUGCUAAUAAUCUAAAUAUUCUUUUGUUCUAUUAAAAACCAUAGUUUGUGGCUUACAACUUUUCCCCUGGGCUCAAUAAUCACCUUUGAAAAUACAGUGGACUGAAAGUUUACUGAAAGGUCUCUUUUAUGUCUCUGUACUUACUAUCCAUCUCUUGUUUCAAUUUCUAAGUGUAACAUUCAUAGUGAAAUAGGAUAAAGCUGACUCUGAGUUUUGUUUUCAAAAAUUAGACAAAUUAAUAUAUAAAUAAUUCAAAGGAUUUUUGUUUACUUUUGAAAAAGAAUUUUCUCUAAAGAUGGUUCCACAGGAUUGCACCAAUCAGUUCCAUGUAAAAUAAAAAACAUUUAAAAAUCA